AUGGCCAAGCGCAGGAAGAAGGUCGGCACACCCAUGACCUCGUCUGGCGGCGUCGCCAAUACGGCCACUUCCGCCGGAGGACCUUCUGGGAUCGGUCCAGUCCGCUCCGUCGCUACCAGGAAGAGCCGCACGCCCGCUCCACAUUCAAAGACCGGGUCGUCCCCUCUGGGAGAAGGCUCGGUGCCCAGGCGCCAGCAAUCCAGCGUGUCACGGCAGUCGUCUCGCCCAGAAGGAACACCCGCACCUGUCAACCCAGUCGACCACAAUGUUGACAUUUCAACAACAAACCCUAUGGAACUGGAUCCAUCCAGGACUUCGGCAAGGCACACUGUACGCAUGCAUGGCCGACCUCUCACCAUUACUGCUGGCAUGCUCAACAUUGCAUAUGCCAAGAUGUUUGAAGGCCUUGGGCGGCAAAUUGUUGUCGUGGACGACGGAGACCUCGAGCGUCUCAUCGAGCCGGUGAUGCGGACCCGGUUGGCUGCUGGCUUUGCCCAGCUGCGUACUAUCCACCCUCACCUGCAAAACCUGAACGAACUCCUCGGCAUGUACCGCGAGUCGCCAGCCGAUACCCCAAUCCAACUCCUGCUCACCUCGACGGUCUACAUCGCAGCCCAGUCGCUGGGGAGUGACAGUGACGGUCGCCGCCUCCGUGACGAGCUUGCACCCGUGAUCAGUCACCUGCUCCAGCUUGUCUUGGCGCACCAGACGUCCUCCUUUCACGCCAUACAGGCGCUCGAGGUGUUGAGUCUACACGUCCCGUUCGCCCCCGCACUCCCUCUUCAGCUCACGGACCCACGUACUCUUGCCCCUGCCCGCGGGCUCAUUGGCGCCGCGUGUAACAUCUCCGACAUGCUCAAUUUCAACGCCCUUGUCAACUCUCCUAUCGAGCACUGGCCCAACCCUGACUACUGGCUGUGGCUGGGUGUCCGCAUCGGCGAAGCUCAGAUGGCACUGGAAGAUGAGCGGCCAAGAAAGCCGGCUCUUUUGUCCGAAGCCAGAGCCUCGGCAAUGGAGCUCAUAGCGCCGGACAAAGAAGGCCUCUGGACCUCCGUUUCCUUUGCGGAGGACUCUGCGGAGCUGCUCGGGAAAUUGACCGUGUGUGAUAGACUAGCCCGCCUCGACGAGCUGCACGACUCUCUGGGGCGCCUGAGGGUCGUUGUCGACACGGCCAGCAACGUGCCAAACUACAACGCGGUUCAAGGCAUCCUGGACGAAGUAGACCACUUUGGUCACCGCAUAGCAGCAGUGGACAAGCGCCAUGACGAUGUUCUAGCACUCCUGGCGCUCCCGUUGUCUCUCUCCUCCGCGUGGCAGUCGUACCGGACCAUCAGGCGUCGAUUUGAGACCAUGAAGCAGUACCUGGUGGCCUUCCAGUUCUUGGUGGCUCUCCACUUUCUUCCUGGCUCGGUGAUCGCCCUCCACAACCUCCCGGUACAGCUCACCAGCGCUCGCGCUGUUCACAGUGCGCUGAACCGGGCCUACGACCCAUCUGAAGUGCUCCGAGCUCAAUCAAGCAACUCGGCUGCCGCCGACGACCUUCGCCGCAUCUCUCGUACGCGUGGUGACAUGGCUGAACAGCAAUUGUCAUCGUUUAUUGAGCUCUCGCACUCGAUCCUCCCUACCCAUGGCGGCGCCGCGGACAUUAUUCCUCUGCACGACACCAUUGCCGUCGUCCUCGAGAGUGCCAAAUCACUGGUCGAGCUCCAUGCCUCAAGGCUGAGCCUCAUCCGGCAGUUCAUCCCUAUCCAGACCGCCAUUGGCCUGCCUCGUUGGGCUAACCCUCUCACUCAAGUGGGCCACAUCAUGCGCAAAAUCAGCAUGCCUCACGACGAGGCGGAGAGUGACGGAGGCGAGAGUGUUGCCAACGGAUGUGCCAACCUCGUCGGUUCAAUGGUUCGCACGGUCAACAUGUGGACCGCGCACAUUGAGCGUGAAAUCGCCUACCCAGUGCACCCGACCGUCCGCCAGGUGCCAAUGUCCUUUUCGGCCUCGCCACAACUGCCACCACAGCAAAUGCGCCCCGUCACCCCCAUUCUCCUUGGCCCCGUCCCGUCACCCUCUGCCGGCGGACCCUCCAACUUUUCAGGUGGCUACAUGCCUUCCUCCGACAGGUGGCUGUCGGCCGACCAUGGCGAAGGGGCAUCUGGUAAAGCGGGUCCCAGCGGCGGGAUUACAGAGUUUGGCCAACAUCUUGUGCACCCGCCAAGUGCUCUUCCGACUCCAAUGACUGCGCACCACCCUGGCACCCAGCAGCAGUCAAUGGACAAUAUCCUCUCGGACAUGUUUGGAUAUGGUUAUGCGCCCCCAGUUGGUCCCGGUUCAGUCCCUCAUGCUCCUCCCGGCGGAGGACCAGGUGGGGGAGUCUACACUCCUCAACCGCCCCACCACUUGCCCUCGCCAGAUGAUUACGCACAAGACUACAUUGCCCCGCGCGAGCUGUCGCCUCACGUUCAACCAGUUCAAAUGCCGCCUCAGCUGUCUCCCGGGCAAUCACAAGUGGCAUCCGCUACGGGCCUGCUCCCUCAGCACCCAUCCGUGCCGAGCCACCCACACAUGAUGAUGCCGUGA